CAUUUACAAAAUAAGAUACAAAUUUUUUCAGGAGGUUUUUCGAAAACAGGAAGCCAUCUUUGAUGAGACUGAAAAGCGAUUCGAUCAAAGUUACUUUAAAAAUGUGAUAACAGGAUUUUGGUAUCUUUCGAAAGUAAAUGUAUCAAACGCAACAAUUAAAAGACACGUUAAUUAUAGCGUUGUCAAAACUGGUUCGAUCAAUUUGGAAAUGGAAGAUAUGUCGAUAAACGUGACAUCAAAUUUAAAGAAAUUAGAAGGACUAGAAACGAAACUCGAUCAAAUCUUACCAGAUUUGAAAGACACGACUAAUUCGACAAGAAUUACUUUACCGUCAGAUAUUGAAUUAACUGGAGAUUUUCUGGUGAACGGUACUCUAUAUGCAAAAAACAUAAUUGCCGCUUUUAUUAAUAACGCAUCAACUUUGAUUAUAGCGGAUGACAUUGUAAAUCGCGGCAUUAUUAACGGUCAGAAGUCUUUUCCUUCAAUCGAUACUAAUAACUUAACAAUUCUCUCUUUAAAUGGCAUAUCAUUGGAAGAAAUCAUGUUCGACUUUCCAAUAAAAAAUUAUAGCAAUAUAAAUUUCUCAAAGUUAAAGCUAUUAAAUGUUAAUGGACACUUGAGCUUCUCCGAAAUAAAUAAUAUUAAAUGGAAAGACUUGAUGCAAAGUAUAGUUUGGAAAAAUGACUCGACAACUAUUUCUGCAGGAGAGACAAUUAUGGAAGGGCUUAUUGCCGAGAAAGCUAAUGUGAAAAAUCUGAAUUAUUUGCAAUAUCCAGAAAAUUAUGUUCUAAUAAAUGAUAAAUUUCCUAUCAAUGUAACAAGUGAAAAGUACGUCACCAAAUUGUCUACGACACAUUUACUAGACAUCAAGAGAAUAAAUGAAAUAGACUUUAAGGAUUUCGUUAUUCUUAACAGACACGAAGUUAUUAAUCACGAAAUUACUUUUGAAAAUCUAGAAAUUAAUGGAAUCUUCCAGGUCGACGGUGAUGUAACAGUAACGGGUAUUAACGUAAGCAGCGUAGAGGGGAUGCUUAACGAAACCAACAAUCUUUUGUCAAGUGUUAUUUUUGAAAAUCUAACUGUCACGGGAAACAUCGUACUCGAAGAUUCAAUUAAUGCUAAAACGUGGCCGGAUCUUGACGAUCUUUUAUUGAAAACUGAAAGAAAUGCAGUUAUUAUUGGAAAUAAAAGAUUCUGGAAUGAUGUCAACAUAAAAUCUAACGCAACAAUUCAAUCCAGACAAAUUAACAGUCACAUAUUUUCGGAAUUUGUAACACUAAACACCAAUCAACAGUUUCCUUAUUUGACAAAAAUGUCGAUAAACGUCACAUUUGGAAAUGUGACUCUUGGCACCAUGCAGAAAUUGAAGAAUUACAUAAACCACGAACAAGCUGUAACUUCUGGUUGCUUAAAUAAAAUACUAUUGUUUAGUAAAUCAUCAAUUAUCGACAAUUUGUCUUUUGAUACCAUAAAGCAGACUAUUUCACAGACUGCUUUCUUUGAUAAAUUAAAUAAAACUUUCCAGAAAGUGUAUUUCGAGAAUUUAACAAUCUCGACAUUACUGUCCGAUGAGAUCAUGCCGAACACAAUCAAUGGAAUCAACUAUGCUAAUUUGACAAAACGCGUGUUAACACUUCAUUCGCGACAGAAUCUAACGGGCGCUUUAAUUGUCGACAACUUGGAAACUGGCAUCUUGGAUACAGAAAUUAUCAAUGAAAUACCUUUGAAUACAUGGAAUCUGUUAUUGACGUACACGAAAUUACUUUAUGAUGACGUUUUCAACGGAAACGCAUCGAUAAGAUCUCUACGAGUGACAGGAAUGAUAACAGCGUCUUCGAUUAAUGACAAAAAUAUUAUCGAUCUUUACAAGGAAUAUAACAUGGCGACUGUCAUUUUCAAUACAAAUGUAUUGAUCAAAAAUUUGAAAGUAAUUGGUUACAUAAACAAUUUAAACCUGUCUGAGUUUAUCGCUGAUGCUAUUCAGAAAACCGAUAGAAAUAUUACAUUUAUAAAUCGCAAAACAUUCAAAAAUUGCACAUGUGAGAUUUUAGAAGCGCAAUUUAUAAAUGAACAUUUUGUGAACGAUAUUUUCAAUCCAAAUAAAAAGCAGAUGCUCAAAGGACCGAUUAUUAUAAAUGGUUCGGUCGUGGUUUUAAGAAAUUUCAAUACCACUGGCAAGAUUGGAAAUUCUGUAUUCCUAAGCGAUUUCACAGAUAGAUUUAAGACAGUUAAGGAUAAGUCUUAUGCUCUUCGCGGUCAUUUUUACUUCAUUGAAACUGCUUCCGUAACAAGACUAAAUGUAAAUGGGUCAAGUCAAGGAUCAAUGUUGGACAAUUUUCUCAAAACAAUAAUCUUUAAGAAUGAUGAAAAUGUUACAAUGUCUGGAUUGAAAUUAUUUAAAAAGUCAAUUACAUUUAAUGAUACAUUUAACAUCGAUGGCAGCUUGAACGAUUUAGAUUUACACAGAUUUCAUGAAAAUGUUAUUUACAUCGAUAAACCUUUCUUAAUUAAUACCAAAGUCAUGUUCAGAGAAGAUAUUUAUCUACGAAAGAAUCUCGUAGUAAAAGCUAAAUUACAAUCACAAAUCAUUAUGAAAGUUGAUAUAAAGGAGUUGCAGGAGAAUGUUAUCGCCGUUAAUAAGCCAAAAUAUUUUCCAGCGCGGAUGACACUCGACAAUGUGACUUUCCAAACAAGUAUAAAAAUCGUGCAAGUCAAUAACUUGCAAAUGGAUCUGUUGAUUUUAUUAAAUAUGCGACAGUUCAUCAUGAUCGAUAAACUUAAUUGCAUUAAUGUUAUUGUUAAAAACAUUCAAAUAUCAGGACGUAUUAACACCUACUAUAUGCAAGAUAUCUAUACGGACACCUUCAUGAUAUAUGGUAAUCAGAAUAUUACAGGAUACAUAAAGAUACGAGGAAACGUUUAUGCAUAUCAUGACUUCAACGCUCAUCUAAUCAAUAAUUUUAAUCCAACAAGUAUUGUUUCUUUAACUGCAAACGGCACUCUAAUAGGAAACUUUAUGUUCAAAACUCCAGUUGUCCUCGAUAAAAGUCUUAGGAUUUUGGGUCUUUUGAACAGCAUAAUCUCAAAUAAUUGGCAAGGAGUAGCAAUAAAGACAGCGCAUGAAGAAAAACAAAUUAUAUCUGGAAAGUGGACAGUGUAUGGAGAUGUUCAUUUUGAAGAGAACAUUGAUGGAAGUGAAUUUUUGAAUGAACUUAAUGUUACCAAAAUAUCAUUGGCUUUAACAAAAGAACAUCCUGAAAUAGAUGACGUUAUCGACGAAGCAUAUGAGGAUUUGAAUAAUGUGUGUGCAUUGCACUUAGAUAUGCUCAAAUACAAUGCUAUAAACCAGAUAUAUAAAUUCAAUACGUUUGAUUACUUAAAAAUUCAAGAAUUCGAUGGUGAUAUUCAUGAUAUCCGUAAUAUUGAAGUAAACGAGGUGGAUUAUAUGUUAGUAAACUAUAACAUUUGUCAUAUGAAACUUCUAUCGUAUAUUCAGACAGAUUUUCAAGUGAUCGAUGAAGUGUCUGAUUUUGGAUUGAUUGAUCAAUGGACGUUCUUUAAAUUGAAUCAUGUUUUAUACUUGCUUACCAUCGCAAAACGCACAUGUGGUAGAAGUGUUAACAAUAUAUGGAAGUUGGAAAAUAAUAAAUUAAUGCAUGUAUUGGAACUUGAUAAUGCCACAGAUAUUAUGAAUUUACAUCAAGCUAGAUUUGUAGCACUGAUACAAGAGAAUCUCAAAAUUGCACCAGAAAAUAAUCAAACUGCAGAUAUAUUAAAAGCUCUCACCUCAUACAAGAAUAAGACAUUAAAUUUGGUUUCAAAUAGCGAUCCUAUUGUAUUAGCUAACCAACCCUUAACUUAUGAAUUACAAAAAAGUUCUUUAAACGGCACACGUUCAAGAAAUUGUCUUAAUUGUGGCAGCCUACUGACUUUUAAAGUAGGUAUUUAUGAAAAAGAAGAAUACAUCCGCUACGAUGAAGAAGUUAGCCAAGAUUAUAUAUAUUUGUGCAAAAAUGACGUUUCACAAACAAGAAUCUUGCAAACUAUAAAAAUACAUCGACCAAAAUCAUUUUUUGUUCUAAAUUUUGAUGGAUAUGCCGAAACAUUGCUUGUUAUCGUCGAAAAUGAUAUUAUCCAGGUUUACGAAUAUACAGGUAUCCAAGGUUUCAUACAUCGAAAUAUUUUGCAAAUAAAAGUUGAUAAGUUAUACAACUUUAAAGUAAGGAAAUUUAAUAAGUUAGAAAAAAGGCAUUGUUUGGCUGCAGUUCAUAGAAAUCGACUAACAAUUUUAGAAGCAAAAAUGUAUGGCGAAAAAUUAAAUUUGAGAAACAUGAAUUCUUGUUACAUGAAUAUAUGCUAAGUAUAUUAAAUAUACAUAUAUACAUG